AUGGUUUACCUCCGCAGGAUCAAAGCUAUUCCUUAUAAGGUCCUUCUUCCAACAACAAAGAUAUAUGUCAAUAAGAUCACUAACCUUAGAAUCAACUUCAAAACCCCUAGUGCUGCCAAUAAUUUUAAAGCCAAGAUUGUUUGGCAACUGACAGUCAUUCAAGAUCUUGACCUUUUCGCCAUUACCGAUUCUCCAAGGCGCCCUUUUUUAACCAAAUCUCUCGCAACGCCAAUAUCGUUUCCCCAGCAGGCUGGUGUUGAAUUCGCAGAUGCCCCUAAACCUUAUUCCUCUAUCCCCUUUCGAACGGGCCAUCUUGUCCCAACUUAUCCAGUGAAUCUUCCGCUCCCCAUUCUUGGCUCCCCACUAAAACCUAGCCAACAUCGCCUCCAUCUCGUGAAAAACCUGUUCAGGGAGCUUGUAGCAACAUAUAAUAUAACUUGGGAUAGCUUGCACAACUGCCUUAAUGAAGAUCUCCUUCCCAGACCUAGAAAGGAACUUUUCCUUCCACCCGUCAACUUUUUCCACACUUUCUCGACAACCAAAGAAAAAAUAACCUUCUUGGAUCGCUCAAAAAUUACCGGUAAGCCCAGAUAUACGUUGUUCCUCUCUGGUGUUAGCUCUAGCAAAGAGAAGACAAUCAUCCUCAAAGAACAAAUGGGAUAUUACCGGAGCCCUCCUAGUUACCCGAAAGCCAUGGAUACUCUUGUUAGACCAUGUGCAAUGGUGUGUUUAAUUGAACUCAACAUGGCAAAAUCAUGUGCAAUGGUGUGUUUAGAGUAG